AUGAGCAACCCUUCUUCACCGACUCGCACAACCGUGGCACUGGUAUCGACGACUUCAGAGUCUGAAUGGCAACCAAUUCUUCAUGCUUCGAACCAGGUCGUUCUGUACAACCCCCACUCACAUGCCCUCACGAUCAGCCGCCCUGCGAACCUUGCGGCCUCGUCGUCGUCACUGAUAGCGACAAGGAGACCACGACCAUGUCCUUACUGCAAGCAGGAUCUUCCACCGGGGUUCCACGCCCAACCGAACGACGUCGAUGAUGAGGCUGAGGUCUUGGAUUCAUUGCACGACGAUGACCCUGCAUACCACUCUAGGGUGCCAAACUACUUUCAGCUGCUGGCCGUAUCGAAUGAGACGACCUCUAGGCCCUCGAGCCCACCUAUUGGACUUACCUCGGAAGAUCCAGCCAGCCGCUCGACCACGUUCCAGGCUGAACAAAUGGCAGAAGGCUACUUUAAGCGUUUCUUCCAGGAGGAAUAUAAGCUUGGGAUGGGUGCUAAUGGAUCUGUAUACCUGUGCCAGCAUAUGCUCGACGGGAACCCGCUUGGGCAUUUCGCUGUAAAGAAGAUUGCAGUAGGGGAAUCGCAUUCCUACCUACUCAAGAUCCUCCGUGAAGUGAGGUUACUUGAACGGUUACACCAUCCAAAUAUCGUCACAUACCACCACUCGUGGCUAGAGACAUGCCAGUUCUCUUCGUUUGGACCACGGAUACCAACGCUCCACGUCCUCAUGCAAUGGGCCGAAGGGGGAAGUCUCGACGACUUCAUUGACAUCCGACAGGGAAAGAAGCCCUCCCAUCCACAUAUCCACCCGGUCCCAAACCACAACGCUUCGAGCCGCUUCGAUUUCGACCACAACCCUUCGCCGCUCAACCUUGACGAGAGUACUCCUCAAAUUUCGCCAUCGACGUCCACAGAACCAGAGGUCAUUCACAGUCGGUCGGCCCGAAUAAGAGCUUUCAGGGCCUUCCAAAAGGCGUCACCCGAGGAAAGGGAACGCCUGGUACGCGAAGGAUACGGUGCUUCGGAAGAUAGGCGAAACCGGCGGAAUAAACAAUGGGCUCCAGUUCACUUGCUCAGUGCGGACGAGGUGAAGAGUCUGUUCCAAGAUGUUGUCGAGGGGCUGGGAUUUCUGCAUUCGAAAUCCAUCCUCCACCUGGAUCUCAAACCUGGAAACGUUCUGUUAACCUGGGACGACGGCAAGAUGAUCCCUCGAGCCAUGUUGUCAGACUUUGGCACCUCUCGCGACAUGAUCAGCUCUGGUCGGAUCCCUCGGUCUGGAAAUACGGGAACUCUAGAAUACGCUUCUCCCGAGUCCCUACCCUCCCCAGAAACAGGCCUAUUGCAGCAGAUCGACUCCAAGUCGGAUAUGUGGAGCUUGGGUAUGAUACUGCACAAGAUGCUUUUCUUCAAGUUGCCCUAUCGAUAUGCAUCAGAAGGCGAUGCCAACGGUGAGCCCACUAGUCUGGGCCAAGGGCAGGAAAACGAGAAGAUGAAGAGGUUGGAAGCGGAAGUUCUAUCUUACCCUGGAUUCAAGGCGACCUCUGGGCUCGUGACCAGUUUCGAAGCACGUCGGCUGCCCAAGGCGUUUUUGGUUCUCCUGGAACGUUUGCUCGACAAAUCACCUGCUGGUCGCCCAUCUUGUGAUCGUGUGGUAACGGCCGUUCGUGAAGGAAAGGCGAAGCUCGACCCGUUGAGCGAAGUACCCAGACGACGUAGCGGUUCCAACAGCCCAGACGCCCUUGUACCCGUCAACCGCAAGCGACCGUCCACAGAGGCUACCAUCGAGGAGACGCAGGAUGCGACUGUGCAUCCUGCAGUAUCUUCAGAGGACAAACGACGGCUGUUGGGUUUACCGCCUCCAUCAGAAAUUCUAGGCCCCGACGAAAACGAAAAGAAAAGUUUCAUUAACCGCCUGCGAUCAAACUGGAACUACGGGCGUCUAAUCGUGAGACGCAAUCCAGUGUGGAAGGCAAUAGGAAAAGCAAUGAGGAGCCGAAACGGACGAAUUGGGCUGCGCAUUGUCCGAAGCUGCAUCUUGGUUUCAAAGAUUUUGAGCAUACCUCGCGUGCGGCGAUUGUCGACAAUGUGGUUGAGGUCGAGCCCUGGCACCGUGGGCUCCUAA